UCUCUUGGUGUUCAGCUAUGGUCCGUUCCACCUGCAUGGUUCACCGGUUGCUGCCUCUAGAAACACUGGUAUGCCUGGGUAGUGUGUGCUGUGUCCUGACCGCUGCUGUGGGAGAAAGUCUUUUCCCAGCAGUGUGACUCUGCAGAAAUGAGUAGCCGGCAGCUGCUGCUCGAGAUGCCCUAGUUGUGUGUGUAGUGCUGCUGCUGGAGGUAGCCUGGCUGUGUGCGGAAUGCUGCUGCGGGAUAUGUCCGUGUCCUGGCUGUGCAGGGAGCACCUGGGAUGUCUCCUGGGUCACACACAUCUCCAGCACUCAGACAUGUCUCCAGUAACCGGCUCCUUCCUGCUGCUCGUCCUGUGCUGUGUCGGCAUCUCAGCAAAUGGGGAUGCCCCAAAUACAGAACCAGAUAAGAAUAAGCUACGUCCUGGUAAUAAGCCAGGAGAGUGCAUGAAGGUGCCAUUCCAUUCCAGAUUUGUAUGUCCACAUAACCCUAAUUACACCAAGCCUGAGUGUGGAAGUGACUGGGACUGUGAUGGUAACCAGAAGUGCUGCUCCUACCUCUGUCGCAAGCAAUGCAGAAAUCCUGUGGAGAAACCUGGAAGCUGCCCAAUUCCAUUUACAAGAUGUGCGGGCCCCCCUCCUCGUGGAGACUGCACCACAGACAGCCAGUGUGGCGGCACCAAGAAAUGUUGCACCCCGUAUUGUACACAGACAUGCGUGGAGCCCCUGAAGCCUGAAUAAGGAAAUAAUUCCAGUGUUAUCAGUAGCCAAUAGGGUCCCUGAUGUCACAUGACCCUGCGGUCCCGGACGCUCUGUACCUGCAGAUUGGGGGCACCGGGAACAGAUUAUGGAUGAUAAAUGUACAUUGAUUCACAGUAACGGCUCAUUGUAUUGUGAGUGAUGUCCAAUGUAAAUGUAAUAAAAUGAGUUUAAAGCGUCAA